UUUCCCUGUACGCGUGACUGCUGGACCUUAAUAGAAAGUUACACAUGGUGUCUAGAUGGUAACCCUAGAUUUGCGAAACUCUCGCGAGCCGCUUCAAAACACUCUUGUCUCGCUGUUUUAUGAUGUGACGACGUUACGGUUAAGGUCUGGUUAGGUUUAGGUACAAACACCACUUGCUUAGGGUUAGGAAAAGAUCAUGGUUUGGUUUAAAGUGAUCAUUUGAAACGUGAUGUGGGUUAAAUUUACUACUUCAUUACAAAUCUCGCGAGAGUCUCGCAAAUCUAUGGUUACCAACUAGGCACCACUGCUACACAUGCGCAGUGAGUAACAUCCGGGGGUUCGGACAAGGAUGAACGCCAAUUUCCAAGAUGGCGGCGGAGGGAGGAGGGAAGGAGAUGAACGAAAUUAAAACUCAAUUCACCACUCGGGAAGGCGUCUACAAACUCCUCACUCACUCCGAAUACAGCCGGCCGAACAGGGUGCCUUUCAACUCGCAGGGCUCCAACCCCGUCAAGGUCUCCUUCGUCAAUGUAAACGACCAGUCCGGCAACGGCGACAGGAUCUGCUUCAAUGUGGGCCGGGAGCUCUACUUUUAUAUCUACAAAGGCGUGAGGAAGGCUGCUGAUCUUAGUAAGCCCAUAGACAAGAGGAUAUACAAAGGAACGCAGCCCACAUGUCAUGACUUCAACCCCAUCACGGCUACAGCAGAGAGCGUCUCCUUGCUUGUGGGCUUCUCAGCGGGCCAGGUGCAGCUCAUAGACCCAAUAAAGAAGGAAACCAGCAAGCUCUUCAAUGAAGAGAGACUUAUAGACAAGUCACGAGUAACAUGUGUACGAUGGGUUCCUGGUUCGGAGAGCCUGUUUUUGGUGGCUCACUCCAGCGGCAGUAUGUAUUUGUACAACGUGGAAAACACCUGUGGCACCACAGCACCUCAUUACCAGCUCCUUAAGCAGGGUGAAAACUAUGCUGUGCAUACCUGCAAGAGCAAGUCAGCCCGCAACCCCUUACUGCGGUGGACAGUUGGUGAAGGGGCGCUCAAUGAGUUUGCCUUCUCCCCGGAUGGCAAGUUUCUGGCUUGCGCAAGUCAGGACGGCUUCCUGCGGGUGUUUGGCUUUGAUGCUGCAGAGCUCCAUGGAACAAUGAAGAGCUACUUUGGUGGCUUACUAUGCGUGUGUUGGAGCCCAGAUGGACGGUAUAUUGUGGCAGGAGGGGAGGACGACCUUGUGACAGUGUGGUCGUUUUCGGACUGCAGAGUAAUCGCACGGGGACAUGGUCACAAGUCGUGGGUGAGUGUGGUGGCAUUUGACCACUGCACCACCAGUGUGGAAGACGGUGACCCCCCUGCUGAGUUCAGUGGUAGUGAUGAGGACUUCCAUGAGCAGAUUCACUUUGGGGCGGGCAGAGACAGAGCUAACAGCGCUCAUUCUCGGCUUUCUAAGAGAAACUCUACAGACAGCAGGCCUGUUAGUGUGACCUACCGAUUUGGCUCAGUGGGCCAGGAUACCCAGCUGUGUCUGUGGGACCUUACUGAGGACAUACUCUUCCCUCAUCUCCCUUUGUCCCGCACUAGGACUCACACUAAUGUUAUGAGUGCCACAAGCCCUCCAGCCACUGGACAAACUACUACUACUACUACUGUAACCACCACCACCACCACUAAUCCCAGUGGCACCAACGGUAAGGACAGCGUGAGCAAUAGUAGCACCAGUGGCAACCCAGCUAACUCCCUCCCGAACACCCUGCCUCGGUCCAACAGCUUGCCACACUCCUCCAACCCAGCAGGGGGCAGCACCCCCAACAGUCACACAGGCGGCAGCAACAGCAGCAGCACCACCAAGGGAAACAGCAUCAUCGACAGUGCUUUCAUCGCCACCGGCGUCAGCAAGUUUGCAACGCUGUCGUUACACGACUCGCGCAAGGAGCGCCACGAGAAGGACCACAAGCGAAACCACAGCAUGGGUCACAUCAGCAGCAAAAGCAGUGACAAGCUCAACCAGCUUAGCUCAUCACGGACGGCAAAAGCUGACGCAGCAAAGACUCUGGGCACUACGCUGUGCCCGCGCAUGGAGGAAGUGCCGCUGCUCGAGCCGCUGGUGUGCAAGAAGAUCGCUCACGAGAGACUCACUGUGUUAAUCUUCCUUGAGGACUGUCUGGUAACAGCCUGUCAGGAGGGUUUCGUUUGCACAUGGGCUAGGCCCGGGAAAGUGGGAUUGCUAUCAUCUCAAAACAACCCAGCCAACUCUCCCAGUGGAACAGUAGUAUAGCCCCAGUGCAGGUGCUGCUAAUGACAGCUCCAUGCAACAGAGACGGGGAUGACCAAGGCCAAGGCCCUGCAGCGCUUCUUCACACACUGUCACACACCACAUGACCUCCAGCGUCACCUUCAUUCUCACUACUACUACCAACCAGAUGCUCUCUUUGUGUUACUGCUCGUGUUUAGAUAACCGAUGUUGGCCAAGCCAGGGUUUAGAAACUCGACCCCUUUUGUCUCGGGGUGGGGUGGGGAGGGGGGGAGUGAAAAGGGUGCUAUUGGAAGUAAGAGGGCAAGCUUUAUAUCGUCCAGGAGGUUUAUGGGAAGGGUUGACUGGCUUAUUGUUCCAUCUACGGUCAUAUCAAGUCACGUCUAGUCUGAAAAUAAUAAACUCUGUUACCCAAUCCUUUGUGCCUGUAGAUCUUCAAAGACUAGACGCAGCCUCUACCUAACCUUCUGUGCGGGUUUAAUUCGGAUGUUUUUCCUAUGUCUUUCUUAUUUAACGUAUUCACCAACAAAGGGAAUAAGAUGAGGGAUUAUUUUGACGCAACAGCAUAUCCCCCCAAUGCCAAGUAUCUUUCAUUUUUUUUACCUCCUGGGCGAUCCCCUCAUGCAGCCACAGUCUCCAACACCUGUUCAAGAGAGACUGCUUUUUUUUUUUACUUCCUUUACAAAGAUUUUAAUCACACUUUAAGUGUAUUUGCACAGAUUUAGUUUUUCUUCCAUUCUUGUUCUCCUGUUUUGUUUUGGGUUUUUUUUUUUUUCCUCCCCAUUUUGAGUUCAUGACGGUGGAACACAAGCAAAACAUUUUGAAGACAGCUUCGGAAGCACUUGGGGAAACAGCUUUUUGUUGCCCUCCGUCUCAACGCUGGAUGCUGCAAUCAUAGUUUUUUAUAUGGAAAAAAAAAUUGUUUGCACUUAAUAGUUUGUUAGAGGAGAAUGGCUUUACAUUUUUGGAGUGUGUAAGGACUCCUUGACAAGGUUGAACUAUAAAUAGAAUUAAAAAAAAAACCUUUGUAUCUAUUGAACAUUUAUUUUAAUAUUGUUUCAGAUUAAAUGGGCUCUGUAUUAUAUGUAAAUAUUGUACUUCAAUGAUUUAUGGGUGAAAUGAUCAUUACAUUAGUUCAAAGAUCCUCAUUUCAGAAAAUAGAGAUAUUUCUAAUACAGAAAAUCUAUACCUAAUAUUAAAAUGAAUCUUGAAUAUGCAGGUGAAGAUGUUUUUCUGUUGUACAUAAAGAGAAUUCAGGUGUAUUUUUAUUAAUGAAAUGUUUGGUAUAGGAGAUGUCUAUGAAAUCCUCUUUAUCUAACAGGUAGUGCUGAAUGCUAGCUAGCCUGCCGCUGCAGAUUCCUUUACAUACAUAGGCAGGUAGGCGCAAGACGCAGCGGUCUAAUUCAGCCAUCACUCCGAGCUCAGGUAAACUACAGGAAGACUAACGCUGGCAUAGUCCCUCCCCCACCCCACCCUACCCCUCCCCUCCCUUCCCCUCCCCUCCCCUCACCCGUUAGCACUAGUCCCAUCCAUCAACAUGUAUGUGAAUUCACUUUAACUAACAAACAAGACUGACAACCAUGUUCUGCGGAUGGGGCUGAAAUCUCUGACUCCUGUUAUUAUGAGUAAUAAUUACUGAACUGAUGCUGAACUUGUGAACAAAACAUCUGACACUGUGUUGAUUAGCAACUGAUAAUUUCAGCACUUUAUGAUGGUGCAAGUGCUUGAAGUGAGGGUGUUUCUGAAUCACCCACAUAUAGGAAGACUGAGGAUUUUAACAGUGGGAGCCUUUUCCUCCAUGUGACGCCUAUUAAAACAGCUUUGACAGAC